AUGAACGGUGGCGAUAUGUCAAGCGAUGCUGCGCAUGCUGGAGACGGGUCAGGUGGCCGUGUCCCCGACUUCGAUGACAUGGCAGUCUUGUCUGAUUUGGCAGUUCCCUUCGUGGUGCAGUGGUCAGCGGAUGAAAGUCAUCGGUUGCAAUUGGAUGUAGCCCUUGCGGGCGUGGCUGCUAUUUGUUUUGCGGUCAGUUCGAAAAUACAGUGGGGCGCCUUGGCGAUUUUCUGUGCGAUCGCCUCUCGGGCAUUGAUACCAUGCGAGCAAGCACAGGUGGAGCUAUCGCCAUUGCACUGGCUGGUUGUGCGGCCAUAUUCGCCGUCUGUGGUUAGCUUCGUAGGAUCUUUGUCUGAUGAGAAGAAAUGUCUAUUGACUUUCCAACUGUCUGCUGGACUCAAUGUCCUCGCAGCAUGGAUUGCCGAUCCGUCGCCUGCGUUAACAAAUGAUCUCCGAGAUUUCUUUCAAGGACUUCGUGUGAUGCUGUUUGAUUUAGUGACUUUGGUGACUGCUGCUGCUGGAUCAGCAGCAGUCGCCGAUGUGAUUGAUUCCGCUCCGGAUUCACCGGCGCCGCCGUCAAAAAGAUCCUUGUUGCAGGCUGGUUGGGCAUAUCGUGUGAUCAAUUGUGUUGCGUGGCAAAUUGCCCGCUGCUGCUGUGAAGACAUGGCGUUAACUUUGGCCGGUGCUGCAUCAGGUGGCGCUGUCCCCGAUGUGGCUGGUGCGAGCCAUCCGCCUCUUGAUGGUGGCCAUAUCACGGGCCAUGGCGGCGCAGCCUUGCGUUUGUAUGCUGGUAUGACCCAGCAGCAGGCAACGCAGUUUGAGGUGACGGGCCAAGUGGAGUCACCUGUCGGUCGUGGCGGCCAAGCGUACUGGGCGCUGAAGACAGGGAAAACUGCUGCGGCCCAAAGCGUCGUGAAUGGGAACCAGGGCCUGCAGCUGGAUGAUGUUGUGCUGAAGCCGGUCACGGUGACGCACGUGGGAGUUGUGAAGCUGGUCCAGAUGGGCUACCUGUACUGUGUGGACGCCAACCAAUGGCGCCUGUACGCGCCUUUGCGCACACCGGCGCCGCGUGACCACGAUGACAAUGUCUACUACGAGAUCCACCCGAGUGUGCUAGUGAAUUGGGUGCGGAUCCGUGAACGUGACAUGGAGUUUGCGCUGGUGCCUACUGAGUCUGGUGGCGAUGUCCCCGACGGUGCCAACGCAGAUCAUCAGCCGUUGCUGGGCGGUGAGCUGACUGGCCAUGGCGGCGCGGCGCUGCGUCUUUAUAUGGGCAUGACUCCGGAGCAGCAUGAGCAGUUCGAGAUCAUGGGACAAGUGGAAGCGCCCAAAGUGCGAUGUGGCCGCUACUGGCCUUUGAAGACAUCGGGAGGUGCGGCGGCGGCGAGUGUGGCGGAUGCGCAUCCUGAGCUCAUGGCUCGUGAUGUGGUGGUGAUUCCAGUAACAGUGACCCACCUUGGCUUGGUGCGGCUGUUGCAGAGUGGGCAUCUGUAUUGUGCGGAUGCGACACAGUGGCGUCUCUAUGGGGCCCUGCGCACGCCGAGCCCGCGAAACGAAGGUGGGCAUGUGUACUACGAGGUGCAUCCAAGUAGACAGCUGAUGUGA